CGCUGUGGGUAGUUCUGUCAGCGAGAUUUUGCCGACUCAUGGUGGGCCUAUUGAGGUGCCGAAUGGGGGCUAUUUUUCACAAAAACCGCCGUUAAAAUCAGCCGCCAAGCUUUUGUAAAAGAUCGUAGACACUCCAGGACUCGUUUGGGACGAGAAGCCACCAAGAGGAAGCGUUCUAGUAGGUUUAUGUCGGUUGUCGUGUGGGCUACGUUCGGUGCCAUGCCUGUUGCGCGGUUUCCGUAACGUGCCCCACUGCCCCCCUCCCCACACCUCGCCGGGCCCCAGCCCAAACCGCAGGCGGACCUGACUGGACCAUUACGUCAGUUUCUACAAACAGACCGGCCCUGACCGAACCGUCAUCAUUUCAAGAACCUGGAAGCUUCCACCACGAAAACAAACACAGUUCAUAUUUUGUGAGUGAACGCCGUUGCGCAGUUCGUUUAUGCCAGUCGAAGAGGCGAAUAUGGAGUAGACUGGUAGCACGUUGUUCUGAGCGAAUUCGAUAAGGGCCCUUUGUUCUGUGUCACUGCCUUUGUCUUUGUACUCAACGAGGGGGGCUGAGAGAGGAAGAAAGAAAAGCCGAGGAAGUUACCGAGCUUUCAUCCGGGUGACGUUCGACAUCCUUUCCGAAAUAAUGGUGAAGAAACAUUUCUACGAUGGACUAGUGCAGCUCGCUAUUCUCUUCAGUUUGCUGGGGACGGACAUCAACUCAUACCUGAACAGUCAAGACCAGAACCAAGGAACCAGUCUACAAGAAAUCAUCCAAGGACAGAACCUUGCUCUGACUCAAUCUCCAAGUCCGUUCAAUCCCAAUCUGUUGACUGGUUACCUGAAUUUAAAAUCUGCGCAUCAUGAUCGGUAUGAAAGAGAGCGAGAGAUACUCCAAGAGCUGCACAAACUCAAGCCGAGCUCCAAGGCUUUUCCGUUGGACAUUACAGCCCUUCUGUUGGAAGGAGGGGUGCAGACGGAAGAAGGGACACAUGUAACAGCUGAGGAACCAUCUUCACAACAAGCAGAACCAAACCUAGGCAACCCUGCAGAAAAUGAAGUUGAAGGAGCCACAGGACCAUCCCCUGUUGGGGACCUUACAAAAGAGGACAUGGAUCUCAUCAAGGUCUUGUGGCAGCAGGACAUCGACCUUGGUGCUGGGCUGGAGGUGUUCGAUGCCGGGCUCCGACAGCAGGAGCUGGAGAAACAACGAGCCUUGGAGAAGGAGAAGGAAGAGUGCAGCAAGGCUCAGGAGUGGCAGGAAGGUGUGGACUACUUUGUGGACUCUGAGACAGGAGAGCACAUUCCUCUUCCACCCAGGCAGCCUGAGAUGGCGCCUCAACAGCCCUCCACUGAACCCAUAAUGACGAUGGAUCAGUGUAUGCAGUACCUACAGAGCAUGAUUCCAGUCCCAGAGGCAGAACAACCACAGGUUCCAAGUCCUCCAGCUACGGUUCCAGAUUUGGACCAAACGCUGCAGGACUUAGCCAGUAUUGAGGAACUGGGGUUGGGCCUGCCACAACAAUACAGCUACAGCCACAACACACAAGACACAGUAAGCCAGCCCAGCCCAGUGUCCAACAUCAACACCAACGUCAGCCUGGUGAACGCCAUCAACGCCACGCUGGACGACGGCCUGCUUCCUCCGGCCGACCUGCCCAGCGACGCCCAGAACCUGACCCAGAUGCCCAUCAUGGACAACUUCGACCUGAACAUGACGCAGCUUCUCCUGAACACAGACCCAUCGGAGUUUGACCAGCUUCUGUCCGGAGGGAUGCUGGACGACACCAGCUUGAUGGACGUGGACUUCAACAACAUCAGCGAGGCCGGGAGCGAUUCCGGGCUGUCGCUACACGACAACGAGACGUCGUCCAUGUCCGAGCACGAGUCCAGCUCAGCCUACGACAUGAGCUCCAACUGCGACGGCAGCAGCGAGUGCGACAUGGACAUGCUGGGAGCCACCGGCGUGUCCCGGACGGAGCUCCAGGACAUCAAUUUCGAAGAAGGCGAUGCAGAAGAAGGCGCCGUGGGUUACCAGCCCGUGUUCAAGUCGUGCGGGAUGGAAGCCAUCAGCAACCACAGCUACUCAGGGAACCAGCCCGGCGACCAGCCGUCCUUCCAGGCCUCCAAGGAGCACGUCAACCACAACCACACCUACCCGCUCCCUCCUGGCUCCGAGAAGCAGCACAUGCGCCGCGGCGGCUCGUCCCGACGCAACGGCACCCCGCCACGAGGCUCGGACAGCGACAGCAAGGCCGGGAGGAGAAGGUCAAAAGAUGAGCGCCGCGCCAAACAGCUGAAGGUUCCCUUCUCCGUGGACAGGAUCAUCUCUACACCUGUCGAUGACUUCAACGACAUGCUGGCUCAGCAUCCGCUGACUGAUGCACAGCUGCAGCUCAUCCGAGACAUCAGACGCCGUGGCAAAAAUAAGAUUGCAGCACAGAACUGCAGAAAAAGGAAGAUCGACACCAUCUACACUCUGGACGAUGAUGUCAAACAACUGAUGGAAGACAAAGAACGGCUGAUCAAGGAACAGGGCAUGAUUGACAAGAGCCUGCGCAGCAUGCGGGACAAGUUCGACAAGCUCUACCAGGAGGUGUUCCGCUCGCUACGCGACGACAACGGGCAGCCCUACUCCCCCGACGAGUUCUCUCUGCAGCAAACAAGCGACGGGAACGUGUUCCUGGUUCCCACCAACUCUACGGUGUCCUCGACUGCAACACGCACAAAUCCAAAAGGAAAGAAGAGAAAAGGGUCCAAGAGCAACAAGUAGAUGUGUAUGUAUGUUAAACCAAAGUCACAGGAGUGCUCUUUUCUCCAGAGUUUGUAAAGUGACCCUGUAGCAAGAUAUAAUGAAUGCUGAGAUUGUUUGAAGGAAGGUUGUAGUGUGAAUGAAUCAGAAAGUAGCUCUGUACAUGUAUUUUCUGUCUCACUUUUUUUGGGCGUAAUUUCAAAGACUGCAGUUCAGUUCUAGCCUUGUGCAAUACUUAAAAAAAAUAAGGGUCUUCUUUGGACAGACAGUUCUUUUGAGUCCACAUUUUUUGUUUAAUUCUUUUCAAGAAAGUACAUCAGUUCUUUUUCAAAACAAGUUUGGAAAAAUAGAUGUGCAUGACAUCUUUGCUCAAACAAAUGUGCUUCACUUUUCAGUUUGAAUGUAUGUUAGAGCAUAAGGCUUCUGUCAACACAAAAGGUACACAGAAAACCAAACGUAAUGAAAAAUGUGCUGUAUCGCUAGUGUUUAGAGAGGAAAAAAGGUAUCUGGCAUAUCUUGCGUUUCAGUGCUCCCUUCUACGAUGCUGUAAAUACUUAUUGUACAAAAUUUUCUAUGCGGUUAACAAACUUAAAUGUAGUUUGUUGUGAUGAUAGAGGGGCUUGCAAGAAUUAGAAGUAGUGAGGAAGACCAUGCUUACCAAAGCAACUUGUAAAUAUCCUAAUGAUGAAAGAGUCCAAAGGACUUAGAAAGUAGCUUUAUACUUGAACAUUGUACAUAGAUAUGUUGCCCCAAUAUGCAUUGAGACAAAAAAAAGAAAAUAUGUUUUUGUUUAAGGUAGUCAUUAUGAUGUUGUUUAGUUUGCCACAAAGCUAAUUGCAUCUGGAGAAAGAAACGUGUAUAUAAAAACGAGUCUAGAAUGAAUAAAGAUAUGUUUA